UUGGAUUUUUAUGGUUCUGCUCGGUUAGUGAAACACAAAUGCCGCUCAGCUGCCAAAUCCCCCACAAUACGGCCGUUCUCGCGGGCAGGGAGCUGCCUGCUAUAAAUAGGGACUCCCUGGCCCUGCAUGGGGAACACCAAGCUCUGCUGCUCACCCGGGGGACACCGAGCACUGGGGCUUUGCUUGGGACACCGUUGAGUUGUGCCCGUCCCCACCCCACUGCUGUUAGCGCAUGGCUGGGGCAGCCUGACCCGGGCUUUGGGACACAUGGUCCAGGCGUCAGCCCCCAUGCAGGUCUGAGCACUGGAAGCAUGGGCAGCCCCAGCCCCCCCGGCACCCCCUUCUGCCUGCACUACUUCGACAUGCUCUACUCGGAGGACGUCGCGUGGGCUUCCAAAGGGAUGGGGGAGACCUCCCAGAGCGGUGCCCUGGGGGGGCGAGGGGAGGUGAAGAAGGAGCCGGAGCAGUGCCCCAUCAUCGACAGCCAAGGUUUGGGGCUGGGGGGCGAUGGGGAUCUGCAGGGGGGGCUGCCCUUGGAGGAGCACUCGCUGGAGCAGAUGCAGAGCAUGGUGGUGGGCGAAGUGCUGAAGGACAUCGAGACGGCGUGCAAGCUGCUCAACAUUGCCGCAGACCCCGCGGACUGGAGCCCCGGCAACGUGCAGAAGUGGAUCCUGUGGACGGAGCACCAGUACCGGCUGCCGCAGCUCGGGAAAUCCUUCCAGGAGCUGUCGGGGAAGGAGCUGUGCGCGAUGUCGGAGGAGCAGUUCUGCCAACGCUCGCCCGUCUGCGGCGACGUCCUCCACGCUCACCUGGACAUCUGGAAGUCGGCCGCGUGGAUGAAGGAAAAAGCUGCCCCGGGGGACGUGAGAUACUGCGGGGGUGACAGCGGAUGGGCAGACAGCGAAGUGGACUCAUCCUGCGCCGGGCAACCCAUCCACCUCUGGCAGUUCCUGAAGGAGCUGCUGCUGAAACCCCACAACUACGGGCGCUUCAUCCGUUGGCUCAACAAGGAGAAAGGGAUCUUCAAGAUCGAGGACUCGGCGCAGGUGGCGCGGCUAUGGGGCAUCCGGAAGAACCGCCCGGCCAUGAACUACGACAAGCUGAGCCGCUCCAUCCGGCAGUACUACAAGAAGGGCAUCAUCCGGAAACCCGACAUCUCGCAGCGCCUCGUCUACCAGUUCGUGCACCCGCUCUGAGGGACUGAGCCUCGGGGCCACCGCGGGCCCUCACUGCCCUCCCCGAAUUCAUCAUCCGUCUUCCUGUGCUUUAGGACCGUGGUUGGGGUCAUCCCCGAGGACCACAGGGGACCCCCUUGUCCCCAGACUCUGUACUUGGAGCAGGGCUGAGCUCAGAGCACUGCCACGUGCCCGGCUGUGGGGCCAGGACCACGCGUGGAGCGGAUUUAGGGGCUGGAGGCGGUGAAGGGGGAUAAGGAGACAACGGCCGAUGUGCUGGGGGGUGGGGGGGGGCUGCCUGAGCCUUGGGAUCGAGGGUGGGAGCGUGCCGGGGGUCACCGGGGCUCCAGCUGUGACCUGCUGUCCACACACACUGCCCUCCCCUCUCUGCAGCCCUGGGCACCAUCAGGACACAGGGCCAAGGGCAGCCCCCAUAGGAGACCCCAGUAACUGUAUGGCAUCGCCUGUCCCAGCAUGGGGAGCACUGAGACCGCACUCCAUCCAGCCAAGCCGUGUCCCCAUGCCACCACCGGGCUGAGCUUUGGGGUCAGUCCCCCUUCUUGUCAGCAAACCCAUGAGCUGGCACAGAGCUGCUUCAGAUGAACCCCCAGAACAGCUCCUGGAUGUCGGGCCAUCCAAAUACGGGGUGCAGCAGUGGGGCUCAUCCCACCUUCCCAGGCAUGGGAUGGGGAUGCUGGGGGGGACAAACCCAGGGACAUGGCACGAGCAUGGACAGCGGCCCUGGCUAUGGGUUGGGUGCUGUGGGGAUGAGCAUAUUGGCUUCAUCCUGUGGGGUGAGCAGAGGGGAUGGGGAGGUGGGAGGGAGUUGGGAGUGCCCCCAGCCACCCACCCCCGUCUGCUAUGGGUUCAUACCACACAGAGACAUGGGGCCCUGGGAUAGAUGCAUCCCCCAUCCCUCUGCAAAUAUGGGGCGCUCCACCCCAAACCCCACACUGCUUUGCACAGGGACCGACUGCGCAAUGUGGGACCUCAGCUCUGGCCCCACAGGUGUGCAGCCCCCCCCAAGCCACAUCCCCAGCCCUGGGCACAGACCCCUGGAGCCCCCCACCCCCUGCCCUCAGCACAGGGCUCUCCCCUGCGUUUGGGAUUUCCCUUCGCUCGCCCUGUUCCUUAGGGAGAGUGACGCAGCUCCGCCGUUCCCCUCUGGACACAGAACGGGAGCUGGUGGGAACUGCACGUUUCACAAAGGUCUGAGCUACCUGGCAAUGUCUGUCUUGUAUAUUACAAUCGUUAUUUGUUUUACUUUCUUCAUGGUUUUGCCUGGCGGUGAGUUGUGGCUUAGGUUCAGAUGGAGAGGGCAGAAGGGAGACCCGGAUCCCUGUGAGACGACCUGUAGGAGCUUAAAAGGGAAAAAAUAGCUCAUGGUCUUCUGCCUGUAACUCCACUGAGCUGCCCAUGUCCUGCUGCUGCUCUCUGUGAGCACAGGGGCAGCACUGCAGGGUCAGCCCCAAACCCAGCUGCACACAUAAGGGAAAAUCUCUUUUCUCCCCCUCCCUCCAUCCCAUUGCUCACAGCUGCCGCUGUUUCCCAGGGCUGCUUGGGACAGGGGCUGGCGACCCACACGUUGCUCUUCCCGUGGGUUUGGGGCUUGCAGCAAGGCUCUGUGCGCUGUGCCAGCGCCUCGGGGCUUUCCCUCCUCCCAGUUUCCCCAGUACAGCUCAGGAUCCCGUUGCUGAUACUGGGAAUGUCCUCCUCCUGGUCUAUCUCAGAUCCCCCCGAGGGCUUUGCAAGGCUUUGCCUUGCGGCUUGGCCCACCCCGCAGGGUGUGCUCCCUCUCCCAUAGCUCCCAGUAUGGCCCAUGGCUCCCAGUGCCAUUUCCCAACUGACCCCAAAGGCAGCGAGCCCCAUUCCUGCAGCACCACAGAGCCCAUCCCAGGGCUGCGGAGGGCACCGUGGGGGAAUGUGGGGGUUUUGAUGCUCACCCCACACUGGGGUCCAUAACCCCAAGGGCAGAGUGGGAUCGGCGCACGCAAACCCGGACCCGGAGGACGCGCACAGAGGUUGAUUAUUUUCGCUUGCUGCUUUAGUUGUUGUAUCCACGGUCAUUACAAUCACAAUAUAUAUAUAUAUUAUAUAUAUACUUCUUAAA